AUGCUUGGCGCUCCAAGACGUGUUGUUGGAUUCAUUCCUCGGAGGCUACGAUCACUGCGGCAACUUCAUGGGAAUGGGGACGACGAAGAGCGUUUACAUUUUUACAAGAGCAGAGGCCAACACAUUCUCAUCAACCCUCGAAUUCUCGACACCAUUGUUCGGGAAUCCGCAAUAAACCCCACCGACACUGUCCUCGAGAUUGGACCCGGCACUGGCAACCUCACCCUCAAGCUUCUAGAGACAGCCAACAAGGUUGUAGCCAUCGAGAUCGACGACCGCAUGGUUAAUGUUCUCGAGAUGCGCGCCCUACGGAGUGGCCUACGUGGUAAGCUCAGUGUCAUAAAAAAAGAUGCAUUGAGAACGAAGUUCCCGCAGUUUGAUCUGGUGGUUGCCAACAUUCCUUAUGGGAUAUCUUCCCCUCUGGUGAUUAAAUUGUUGUAUGGGUCAACCCCAUUUCGGAGUGCCACUCUUCUGCUGCAGAAAGAGUUCGCUCGAAGGUUAUUGGCUAAACCCGGUGAUUCAGAGUUUAACCGCUUGGCCGUGAAUGUUAAGCUUUUGGCUAACGUGGAGUUAGUCAUGGAUGUCAGCAAGAGGGACUUUCUCCCGAGCCCAAAAGUUGACUCUUCUGUCGUCAUAAUCCGCCCCAAGUUUCAGGUUCCCAAUGUGGAUCUCCAUCAGUGGAGGGCUUUCACAAGAACUUGUUUUAGUAACAAGAACAAGACACUUGGGGCCUCGUUUAAGCAAAAGAGGAGAGUUUUCGAGUUAUUCAAAAUCUCCAAUUUCUCUGGUUCCGUCCAAGAAGAUGAUGGGAUGACCUCGUUCAAGGAGAAGAUAAUUGGAGUACUUAGAACUGGAGGGUUUGAAGACAAAAGGCCUUCAAAACUUUCUCUCGAGGAAUUACUGCAUUUGCUCUCUUUGUUCAAUCAAGCUGGCAUAUAUUUCGGUCACCGUGGAAAGCUCAGGAAUGAAGAUAAUUUUGAGGUUGAUGAUGACUAGUGCACCCAUUUGCCUACCAAACUCAAGAUACUAUCAACCACUUUGUGUACAUCGUCAUCAUUGGUAUGUUUUUUCACUUCCUUGCUUUUGCAGCUGACGCAAUAUCAAGAAUGAAAUCCUUUCAUAAAAAGUUUCGUGUAAUAUUGAAUGAAAGCAAAUUUAAUUUGAUAAUAUAUAGAAAAGAUCCACCCUGUUGCUUGCAUUGACUAAAGCCGGAAACUGCACAUCAAACUCAUGGUACUAAGUUGAUAGUUAAAAUGGCAGUGGUUGUUUCCAAAUUGCAAUAUGCUAGAAGCAAAUAAAAGACUCAUUAGGUUUUGCAUCGGAUACAAUUGAAGUUUUUAUAGCACCAGAUGUUAUUAACUUAUGGCUUCCUAUUACUAAAAAGUACGGUUG